CACAUUUCCCAAUGGACUGAGAAGACUCUUCUCUCUAUAUAUAUAGGCUAUUGGACUUCCUCCGAUCAUAUAUGAUUAUUUCUCCGGUGCGUGUAUAAUUUUAGAGAGAUAAAACCAGAAAGAGGAUGGAGAAGGCAAUUGAUAGGCAGAGAGUUUUGCUGCAGCACCUGCGGCCAUCCUUUACUUCGUCGACUCUUGAAGAUAUCGGAUCAUCAGUUUCCGCAUCUAUAUGUUUAGCAGGGGAUAGUGCAGCAUACCAUCGGUCUUCUGUCUUUGGUGACGAUGUGGUUAUAGUGGCUGCCCAUCGGACUGCACUGUGCAAGUCAAAGAGGGGUGGAUUUAAGGAUACCUAUCCUGAUGAUUUACUAGCACCAGUUCUGAGGGCAUUGCUAGAGAAAACAAAUGUAAAUCCAAAUGAAGUUGGGGACAUUGUUGUGGGCACGGUGUUGGCUCCAGGCUCCCAAAGAGCAAGUGAAUGCAGGAUGGCUGCAUUUUAUGCCGGUUUCCCUGAAACUGUACCUGUUAGAACCGUGAACAGGCAAUGCUCAUCUGGCCUUCAAGCUGUAGCUGAUGUGGCUGCAGCUAUCAAAGCUGGAUUUUAUGACAUUGGGAUUGGUGCUGGUUUGGAGUCAAUGACCAUUAAUCCUAUGGCUUGGGAAGGAUCAGUGAACCCAAGAGUAAAAACAAUGGCACAAGCACAAGAUUGUCUUCUUCCGAUGGGUAUUACUUCGGAAAAUGUGGCCCAUCGGUUUGGUGUGACAAGGCAGGAGCAAGAUCAGGCUGCAGUAGAUUCGCAUAGAAAGGCUGCUGCUGCCACUGCUUCAGGCAAAUUUAAAGAUGAAAUAAUACCGGUGAAAACUAAGAUUGUGGACCCCAAAACUGGAGAUGAGAAACCAGUCACGAUAUCUGUUGAUGAUGGCAUACGACCAAACACCUCAGUGGCAGACCUGGGCAAGCUGAAACCUGUUUUCAAGAAAGAUGGCUCAACCACCGCUGGGAACUCUAGCCAAGUGAGUGAUGGUGCUGCAGCUGUGCUUCUCAUGAAGAGAAGUGUUGCCAUGCAGAAACGACUUCCCAUCCUCGGUGUCUUCAGGAGCUUUGCUGCUGUUGGUGUAGAUCCUGCGAUCAUGGGUGUUGGUCCAGCAGUUGCAAUUCCUGCGGCGGUGAAAUCAGCUGGUCUUGAACUUGGUGACAUUGAUCUUUUCGAGAUCAACGAGGCAUUUGCCUCGCAAUUUGUGUACUGCCGUAAGAAGCUUGAACUUGAUCCUGAGAAGAUCAAUGUGAAUGGAGGUGCAAUGGCAAUUGGACAUCCUUUGGGUACAACAGGCGCUCGUUGUGUUGCUACCUUGUUGCAUGAGAUGAAACGUCGUGGCAAAGAUUGUCGCUUCGGUGUGAUCUCAAUGUGCAUAGGCACAGGAAUGGGUGCUGCUGCUGUUUUCGAAAGAGGUGACUCCUGCGACGAGCUUUGCAACGUGCGAACUGUCCAAACACACAAUUUUCUCUCAAAGGACGCCCGAUAAACGGUUCCAUCUCUGCCCAACGAGUUCCAAUAAUGUUGUAUCUGCACCCAGAAAUCAAAUCAUAUUGAGUAAUAACUUUUGAGAAGAUACUUUGGGACAUUGCCUCCCCACAGUGAAAACCCUGGCAUCCUAUUUACGCUUUUAAUGACCUCUGUUCCAAAUGAAAAACGUUCUACCUUCUUUCUUUACUAUGUUACUCUUUUGCGUGUUGCAGAAUCA